CAGUAGGGUUUGGAAGGUGCGGAAGUGUUCUCUUUUCCAGGGUGCUAGGGCUACCUUCUGCAGCGCUCUGCACCCUUACUGGGUCCGACCUGCUUCGUUCCCAGGGUUCGGCGCCUCGGAAAAGGGGUUUCUUGCUACACGAUGCCCCCGUUCGGAUUCCUGCCCAUGAGGGCUUGGGCUUCACUGUUUCGCCAGCUUCUGCGGUCGCCCCGUGCUGUGUGCAUCAGGGAGGUCCAUUUUCAUAGCCAGUUUGCAGAGGCAGUGGUAACAUCCCAACUGAAACCACAACAAGAGAAAUCAAAUUUUAUCAUCAAGACCCCAAAGGGCACUAGAGAUCUUAGUCCCCAGCAGAUGGUUGUGAGGGAGAAAAUUCUUGAUAUGGUUGUUGGCUGCUUUAAACGUCAUGGAGCAAAGAGGUUAGAUACUCCCGCGUUUGAGCUAAAGGAAAUGCUCACUGAGAAGUAUGGAGAGGACUCUGGGCUCAUCUAUGAUCUGAAGGAUCAGGGUGGAGAGCUGUUGUCCCUGCGCUAUGACCUUACUGUCCCUUUUGCUCGUUAUCUGGCCAUGAAUAAGGUGAAGAAGAUGAAACGUUACCAUGUUGGAAAAGUGUGGCGGCGGGAGAGCCCAACCAUAGUCCAAGGCCGCUACAGGGAGUUCUGCCAGUGUGAUUUUGACAUUGCUGGUCAGUUUGAUCCUAUGAUCCCUGAUGCAGAGUGUUUGAAGAUCAUGUGUGAAAUUCUUAGUGGAUUGCAGCUGGGGGACUUCAUCAUUAAGGUCAAUGAUCGGCGGAUUUUGGAUGGGAUGUUUGCUGUCUGCGGUGUUCCUGAAAGCAAGUUCCAUGCCAUCUGCUCCUCGAUAGACAAACUAGACAAGAUAUCUUGGAAAGAUGUGAGACAUGAGAUGGUGGCAAAGAAAGGCCUGGCUCCUGAAGUGGCUGAUAGAAUUGGGGACUAUGUUCAAUGUCACGGUGGGGUUUCCUUGAUAGAGCAAAUGUUCCAGGAUCCUAGACUAUCACAGAACAAGCAGGCUCUAGAUGGCCUGGGGGACUUGAAGCUGCUAUUUGAAUACCUGACUUUAUUUGGAAUUGCUGAGAAGAUCUCUUUUGACUUAAGCCUAGCUCGGGGCCUGGACUACUAUACUGGAGUAAUCUAUGAAGCAGUGCUACUACAGACCCCGGCUCAGGCUCAGGAGUCCUUCAAUGUAGGCAGUGUGGCUGCUGGUGGACGCUAUGAUAAGCUGGUGGGCAUGUUUGACCCCAAGGGCCACAAGGUGCCAUGUGUGGGACUCAGUAUUGGGGUAGAGCGAAUCUUCUCUAUUGUGGAGCAGAGGAUGAAGACUUUUGGUCAGAAGAUACGGACUACAGAGACCCAAGUGUUUGUGGCCACACCACAGAAGAACUUUCUUCAUGAACGGUUGAAGCUAAUUGCAGAACUUUGGGAUGCUGGGAUCAAGGCAGAGCUGCUGUAUAAAAACAACCCUAAACUACUAACGCAACUGCACUACUGUGAGGACAUGGGCAUUCCACUGGUGGUCAUUAUUGGUGAGCAAGAAAUGAAAGAAGGGAUAAUCAAGCUUCGUUCAGUGGCCAGCAGGGAGGAGGUGGCUAUUAAACGGGAAAAUCUUGUGGCUGAAAUUCAGAAGCGACUAUCUGAGUCUUGACUCUUGCCUGAUUGCCAUCUGCUGCUCUUUCUAGAAAAUGUUUCUUCUAGAACUGAGUUGCUGAUGGACUUCACAACUGCUGGCCAGGAUGGGUGACAAGUUCCUCUGCCUCCUCCACCCUUUCUGGGUACAGAACUGUGGAAGGCCCUGAGGACUCCUGGGCUAGUGCAAGCAGCUAUUCUGCAUGGGUGCAGAUGGCUGGUAUGUGAAAGAGACCUGCUCUAACUGCAGAGGCAGAAUUGAAGUGCCAUUGAAUGCUGCCAAUAGGUACUGAGAUGGUUGCUUUUAGCAAAGCUCUAGGAAAGUUGCCUAAGGCUGAGACCAUUGAGACCAAAAGUCAGAAUCUUAGCCUUCUACUGUGGCUUCUGAACCAGAUUCUGGGGAAUUUGUCCACAAUCUGCCCUUGGCCUGUCCAGGGAGUUUUGGAAGACAGCAAAGAAGGGGGAACAGCUACUUUCUCUUUUGUUUGAGGACAGAGAUGCUAUCCUGAGGGCAAAGUAGUGCUCAUAUUGAUAUGGCAUGUCUCUAGCCCAUCCACAUAGAGUGAGGCUGUCUGUUUAGUAAUUUUGAAUGUUGAAUUUAAUAGGUGACUUGAUGCAAUGGUCUAAUCUUUUGAGAUUUUGGAGACCAUUUCCUGUGCCAGAAUUACUACUCUGACUUUAUUCCGUAUUCUCCUAUGGAGGUGACCUUUCUAGAAGUGAUUGGAUAAUGUAUUAAAUAAAAUAUUAAAUGAA